UGUUUUACUGAAAUUCGACGUGUUAACAUUACAAAUAUUUAGUGCUCAAAUAUUAUACACAAAUCCAAAUUUCUAAGUAAUUGUCGUUUAAAAAACAAUUAAAUUAAGAGUAAAUUUAAAAAUUCCAAAAAAAAAAUCCAAAGAAGUUAAGUAUGUCUCUCAGAUACAUCCCUUGGGUCACAUUUGGCAGAUUUUAUAUAUAGUAUAUCAACGGUGGACAUUUUCUUGCCAGCAACUGCUUCCAUCGAGGAAUAUUGAUGGUCAACACGCAAUGCCUGAGAAUUUCAAUAACAACAUGCAUGUCGUGUUAAUGAUGGGGCAGAUUUGCCUGUCCACUGUUGAUAUAUUUUGUAUGUGUCGAAUACUAAUAUAAUAAUAUUCUCAGUGUAUUUUGGUCUGCUUGCUGUCCAAGAAUUCACUUCGAUUCUUCCAUUGCCUUCUUUUCCGUCUGUUCACUUCCACUGUCUGUGCCAUUGCUGUGCUUGAUUGUUCUUGCUCGCCGCCUGUCCCAUUGCUGCGUCGGCAGAGAGACCCGACUCGCUCAGAGAGGAUCAAAAGCGACAAGAAGAAGAGAGCGCGCGUUGAGCACGUUCCUCUGCUAUAGUGAGUGUGGGUUAGAAAGAGAAAGAUCGACAGGUUAGUUGAUUGUAUUUGAGGGAGGGUUUGGCUAUGCUCUGAGAGUAGAUGAGUUAUCGGUGCUUGACGAGUUGCAAUGAAAACAGAUCUGAAUUCGAAAGGAAACCCGACAUUAGUAGAUUUUUGUUUAGCUUCUUAGUUAAGCAACAGCAUGAGCCACAGUUUUCGGUAUAGUUUAAUGCUUUUUGAAUUUUUUUUUAAAGAAAUUAGCAAUGAUCUGCUAACUAUGGAAUACAAUUAUUCAAAUUAAAGCGACUUUAGGAGAGAAAAUUUCAAAAUUGUGUUAUUUUAUGUUAUGCUCUGUGUACGUGGUAUGCCAAAGCCGUAGGACUCUCAAAAAGGAUCUUGUUAAGCGUAGUUUGGGAAUGGCUGGAGGCCUUGGUAGAGAGUCAUCCUCCUUUUGGUUUAUCUUUGUACCUGAUUGAGCGAUUCCCUGAGGCACAUCAGAUCCAAAUAGAUCGUUAAAAUGUUGGGCCAAAGCUUCGUUUGUCUAAAAACGAUUCUACCUUACAGAAAAUACCUUUUUCUACAAUUUUUGGUCUUUCAAUUGAAAUUAUUAUUGGUCAGCAUGGCACCACGAAACUUAUCGCUUAAAUUGUGUACUUGUUUUACGCUGAUCUGCGCUCUUCUGCUCAUAUACCGUUUGAAUCUUGAGGUAUAUGAGGUAUGGCAGACCCUCUCAACGCGAACGUACGUGGAGAUCCCACAACAACUUGAGCGGAAGGUGCAGGAAUUCGUGGAUCACCAGGAGCAGGAGAAGCCAAAGGAGGAAGAGAAGAAAGAAAAGGAAGAGAAAAUCGACGAUGAGCCAUCCUCUGGCCUCCCCUGGUUCUUCAAGAAGGGCAAAUACUUUCCCCCACCGUCAAGGGCCUACAGUAAUCACAGCCUACAGAAGCAGAGGGAUGCACCCAAGCUGCUGCCGCAUCAGGACCCACAUAAGGAUCGCAUUGUCAACCAGCUGAUGUACGUGCCGCACGACUACGCGAAGAUCAAAGCCAGCGGUAGGCUGAAAACCAUUCUCCUCUACAACGGCCGGCGCACGUGGAAUGUGAAGAACGGCCGCGAUCUGUUCCUUAACGAUAAGUGCCCGGUGGAUACAUGCGAAGUAACCGACGAUAUGGGCUUAGCCAAUACGGCCGACAUGAUCCUCUAUACGAACUUCUACGUCCACACGAAAAAACUCAGUUCCGCGCGUGAGAUCCGUGCCAAAAACACCAAGCAAAUCAAGAUGCUCUACUUUCUCGAGUCUCCCGUUAACACAAAGAACACAAAGGUGCCCACCGGCAUCAACUGGACGGCCACCUACAGACGCGACAGCACCAUCGUGACGCCCUACUCGAAGUGGGUCUACUUCGACGCCAAGGUCCAGCAGAAGAAGCAGGACCGGAACUAUGCGGCGAACAGAACCAAGAAGGUGGCCUGGUUUGUGUCCAAUUGUAAUACCGAAAAUGGCAGACUCAAAUAUGCCCUGGAGCUGCAAAAGUACAUCGAGGUGGACAUUUAUGGCGCUUGUGGCAAGCUGAAGUGCAAUCCUUUCGUGCCAGAAAAAUGCUUCAAGCUACUCGAAAACAAUUACAAGUUCUACCUGGCCUUCGAGAACUCCAACUGCAGGGACUACAUCACGGAGAAAUUCCAUCAGAAUGCCCUGAAUCGAGGGGUGCUGCCCAUUGUGAUGGGUGCCCGGCCCGGGGACUACAAGGAACUCGCGCCGCUUAACUCCUACAUACACGUGGAUGACUUUGCCUCGCCGAAAGAGUUGGCCGAUUACCUGAAAGUGCUCGAUGAUGACGACGAUCUGUACAACUCGUUUUUCCUGUGGAAGGGCACGGGGGAGUUCAUCAACACGCACUUCUGGUGCCGCGUCUGUGCCAUGCUGCACAACGAGGAGCAGCUCCGAGAGCCGCACUUUUACAGCGACUACAACCAUUGGUGGCGUGGCCCGGGGGUUUGCUCCCCCGUCUCCUGGCGGAGCAAGACUUUAUUUGAGUUUUAUUAAAUUAGAAGCAGGCUCAAAAGAGUGUUCAAACCUCGACAGAUCACCUGCAACACUACAAGUAAAAUGUAGAACUGCGCAGAGGCACCUUAGACAGGGGACUGUCAGGGGUAGGGGCCCUCCUGGGACCAUCAGGUCCCUGGUCUUCGGAUCCACUAGGGUUUCGGCGCUGCUUCUGGCCCCAGCGGCUGCCUUCAGCACC